GAGAUGGACUUAAAUCACGAACAAGGAUUGGGAGCCCCCUGUCGAAAAUGCAAAGAAAAAUGUACAGGAUUUGAACUACACUUCUGGAAGAAAAUAUGCCGUAACUGCAAAUGUAAGCAGGAAGAGCAUUAUAUAUUCCUGAGCACUGAGGAGGAACCAAAAGUGGGGAGGCUAUUUGAAAACACCAAGUACAACACCUUGAUUGCCAAGCUGAAGUCAGAGGGAAUUCUUUUUGAAAACCAAUAUGCUAUGACAUUGUCCAAACCAUGUGCUGCUGAAAAGAAAGUCUCCAUCAACACUGUUACUCAUGAGAGUGUUUCCCCCUUCCAGAAGCAGGCACUUCCCAGGAGCAUGCAGGUGCUACUUGAUGAGAAAGAGCCAGUGUCCGAUUCAGAGGAGGCACAGUACUGGAAGAAGCAGCUGGCAAAGCAGCUCCCUUCACAUGACCAGGACCCUUCUAAGUGCCAUGAGUUGUCUCCCGAGGAGGUAAAGGAGAUGGAGCAGUUUGUGAAGAAAUAUAAGAAUGAGGCUCUGGGAGUGGGUGACAUGAAGCUUCUCUCUGAUGUGAAUGUUCAACAUUACAAGGUGCACUACCCUACUGGAGACAGAAACACCACAGCAACAGUGGGUUCCAAGGACAUGUCUGCAGAGUCUAAGAAGACCGAAUAUCCCUGUUACUGCUGCAAAAAAACCAUAAAGGAAGGAGAUCUAGUCAUCUUUGCGGAAAGGGCUGGCUAUGAUAAAUGCUGGCACCCAGAUUGCUUUAUCUGCAGCACCUGUGGUGAAUUCCUGGUGCACAUGGUUUACUUCUGGAAGAACGGGAAGCUGUACUGUGGCAGGCAUUACUGUGAGAUCGAGAAGCCCCGCUGUGCUGGCUGUGAUGAGCUGAUAUUCAGCAAGGAAUACACCCAAGCAGAAAACCAGAACUGGCAUCUGAAACACUUCUGCUGCUGUGACUGCAACUACAUCCUGGCAGGAAAAUUAUAUGUGAUGGUCAGUGACAAGCCUGUGUGCAAACCCUGCUACAUGAAGAACCAUGCUGUGGUGUGUCAAGGAUGCCACAGUGUCAUCGACCCGGAAGUGCGGAGAGUAACAUACAACAACUUAAGCUGGCAUGCAUCCACCAAGUGCUUCCUAUGCUCUUGCUGCAGAAAGUGUCUUUUUGGGGAGACAUUCUUGUCUGUAAAGGGAAUGACUUUCUGUUCCAUAGAGUGUAAGAAUAUGAUGUGCUAAGAGCAGAACAAGAGCACCAAGCAGUAUGGAAUUAGAGCAGUCUACAGUGGCCUGCGUUUCCUGAUAAACUGCAAUUAAAUAAAAGAAAAAAAGCUACAUAGUGAA